UGUGUUUCCAAUAUGGUGUCUCUACGAAAUCUUGGUUAGCUAAGUGCAUAGAUAGAAUUGCACGCGUAGUGCCGUUGAGUAGGGACACCAGCUGGCAACAACCUCUACCAAUGUAGCUGUGUGGCAACACUUGCAAUGACAACAGACACGAGCACGAGGCGGCGUGUGAAGCUAUACACACUGAACGAUGACCGACAGUGGGAUGACAGGGGCACGGGUCACGUGUCGUCCUCCUACGUCGAACGGCUCAAGGGAAUGUCCCUUCUUGUCCGUGCCGAGUCUGACGGAUCCUUGUUGCUUGAAUCCAGAAUUCAGCCUGACACAGCCUAUCAAAAACAACAGGACACGUUAAUCGUGUGGUCAGAGACGGACAACUAUGACCUUGCUCUCAGCUUUCAAGAGAAGGCUGGUUGCGAUGAAAUAUGGGAGAAAAUAUGUCAGGUGCAGGGCAAGGACCCGAACAGGGACAUCACGCAGGACCUGGUGGAGGAGAGCGAGGACGAGCACUUUGAGACAAUGCCGGACACGGGUUCGGCGAUCGAGCUGCCGCAGUGCGAGCUCAGCAAGCUGGAGGAGAUCAACGAGCUCAUACAGUCCGUGCUGCCGUCGCCGAUCCGCCGCGAGAAGCUGUCGGUCGCGCUCCUACGAGAGCGAGGGUACAUGCGCCAGCUCCGUCGACGUGUGCUUCACAUGUGCCGAGGGACCUGUCAGAACACCGACCUAGAGCGCCACCAUCUCUACGAGAUCUUCAAGAACAUGUUCCUGCUGACAAGAACUCGAUCUUGAGAUAAUGUUCGCGAUGAUCUCAUCUUCGACGUGAUCGGCUGCCUCGAGCACGACCCCGGGCUCGCGCAGCCGACGCGUCACCGCGAGUUCCUGCGCCAGAAGGCGCACUUCAAGGAGGUGAUCCCGAUUAGCAACAACGAACUGCGACAGAAGAUCCAUCAGACGUAUCGCGUGCAGUACAUACAGGACGUCGUGCUACCGACGCCGUCCGUGUUCGAGGAGAACAUGCUGUCGACGCUCCACGCGUUCAUAUUCUUCAAUAAUGUGGAGAUCGUCAGCAUGCUGCAGGACGACGAGAGGUAUCUCACAGAACUAUUUAGCAAGUUGAAAGACGAGAGCACGGACGACGUGACGCGGCGGGACCUCGUCCUCUUUCUAAAGGAGUUCUGUACGUUCUCGCAGACGCUACAGCCUCAGAGUAGAGACUCGUUCUUUAAGACAUUAUCAAGUAUGGGGAUAUUGCAAGCACUGGAAAUCACAUUGGGUGUGGAGAACGAGGAGGUGCGCAGCGCGUCGAUCGACAUCCUGUCGUAUGUCGUCGAGUUCAGUCCGUCCAUGGUGCGAGAAUUCAUCCUGCAGCAGUCGAACACGCAGGACGAUGACCAGUUAUUCAUCAACCUGGUGAUAGAGCAAAUGAUCUAUGACACGGAUCCGGAGAUGGGUGGCGCAGUACAGCUGAUGGGCAUCAUCCGACUGCUCAUAGAUCCAGAGAACAUGCUAGCGACGGCCACUAAGACGGAGAAAACGGAAUUUCUGAGCUUUUUCUACAAGCACAGCAUGCAUGUGCUCACAGCUCCGCUCUUGGCAAACACCGCUGAAAACAAGCCAAACAAAGACGACUACCAGACGGCGCAGCUGCUGAGCCUCAUCGUCGAGCUGCUGUCGUUCUGCGUCGAGCAUCACACCUACCACAUGAAGAACUACAUCCUCAGCAAGGACCUGCUGCGGCGAGUGCUCGUCCUCCUCAAGUCACGACAUACAUUCCUCGUUCUCUGUGCGCUGAGGUUCAUGCGUAGGAUCAUCGGGCUGAAGGAGGACUUCUAUAACCGCUACAUCAUCCGUGGCGACCUCUUUCAGCCCAUCUUCGAUGCUUUCAAGCAGAAUGGGAAGCGCUACAACCUGCUCAACUCUGCCAUACUGGAAAUGUUUGAAUUCAUCAAGCUUCAAGAGGACUCGGCUUUCGCUACACAUCAGGAGGACAUGAAGGCGCUAGUUAGCCACGUGGUUGAAAACUACCAGAAGUUUUUCGAGACCGUGGAUUACGUGCAGACGUUCAAGUCGCUGAAGCUUCGCUACGAACAGCAGCAGGACCGACUGAAGGACCGAUCUGCACUCGAUAGUGUACCGUCGCUGUUCCGGAACAACAGAUUUCGGAAGGAUGCCCGAGCGCUGGACGAAGAUGAGGAGAUGUGGUUUAACGACGAUGACGACGAUGAAGGUAAAGAGAAUGAAAACCAGGAACUUUCUUCAAAUAAGCCUUCGUACUUAGGAAUAUCGGUGAAAUCACCGCCGUCAGUGCUUCUCAACAACUUUGCAAACGGCAACGGCUCGUCUUCACCACCGCCUAUAACCAGUCCAACUUCACCGAGUGCAGCAGAAGCACCGGACGUACCAGUGAAGAAGUCCGGUCUCGUGGGUCUGGUCGACUAUCGGAUGACGAUGAUUCUGACGAGUGAGGAUGGGAGGAGGGUGAAGACGCGAGGGAGGCUCCGGCAUCGAAGCGACCGCGGUUGUCAACGCCGUAACGAUUUGGCGUGGUCGCUUCUCACCCCUCUGCCGCCACGGCGCGUGUCCGCUGGCUCGCGUCGGCCUCCACACAGACAGAUCUCAUAG